AUGACCAUGGGGGCGGAGCGCGAGGCCGGCGAGGAGGAGGAGUCGCGGCGCCCCCUUCUCCCACCCUCUCCGUCGCCAGGUUCUCCCUCUGCCACCGAACCGGCGGAGCACCAGCAGCAGUACCAGCACCUGGGGCGGAGCAGCUCGUCGGCGCUGCGCGGGGGCGGGGGCGCGGAGGUCAGCGCCGCCGAGGUCAGGUCCGCCGCCUCCUUCUCCUCCUCCAACUACUACCCCUCGGCGCCCAAUCCUCACCACGACGCCGUCGUCUACCCUCCGUCGAUCCACAACGCCGUCCUCUCCCCGUCCCCGUCGUCUGCUGCCACUCCUCCGCAUACGCAUGCGCAAGGUUUGGCGAUUGUUCCUCAAGGGCCGUACGGUGGUGAUUACCAGCCUUCUCAGGGCGUCCCGAGGGAUGUACUGGAUGAGGUGGAGAUUCGGCAUCUGCUAAUUGAACAUGUUGGACAUCGAUGUUGUUGGGGAAGCCGGCCUGGUCGCACAUGGAAAAUUACAUCCAUCGAGGACUGCAAUGUAUAUGUUGGAACCUUGGAAACCUUUAUCGAGGAAAGAGACACCAUAUUAAAGAAGGAACCCUACAAUGGUGGGAAAAUAGAUGGAAGAGACAAGGGUGCUGUUCUUGGUGUGUGGGAACUAGAUUUGAGGUCCGAGUUUCCAAUGCUCUUUGUACCAGAGAAAGAAGUAAUGGUCAAGAUUCCUCAUUCAGAAGUUACUGAAAAAUGCUUAGAUUGCGAGGGUCGUGGAGAGGCACCAUGUCCUACUUGCAAUGCUGGUCAGCAGCACGGGUUUUACAAGGCAAAUCAAAUGACUCGGUGCAGUGUAUGUCAUGGCAGGGGUUUGCUCGCUCACCAAGAUGGAUCUGAUUCAGUAUGUGGGAUGUGCAAUGGUCAAGGAAUGUUGCCCUGCAUAGCAUGUGCAUCCCGGGGCCUAGUGACAUGCCAGACAUGUAAUGGCUGUGGUUCCCUUCUUGCACAAAGCACUGCUCAUGUUCGAUGGAAGACGCUUACAGCGAGAAAAGUUAGUGCAACAACAGGAGCUGCUUCGGUCCCUGAUGAAGUUUUCCACAGAGCGCAAGGGGUGCAACUAUGCAACAUACAGGCAUAUCAAUGCACUCCUGCUUUCUUUGCCGAUUCAUACCCACUCAACCAGUUCUCGUCGGAGAUUGUCGCUAGCCGGCUGCCAGUUCCACCAUCCGCAAGAGUCAUUUCGGAGAGACACAUCAUCUCAGUCGUGCCCGUGACCCGUGUCACAAUGUCUCACCGUAAACGGUCUUUUAGCUUCUACGUCGUCGGCUAUGGCAGGGAUGUUUUCAUACGGGACUAUCCUUCGAAGUUUUGCUGGGGCCUUUGCCGUUGCUUCGAAUGGUUGGGGAACUAG